AUGGAGUCUGCCCCUCCUGGGCACAGUCAGGACAACCGACAGACCCCGGAUGGAGCUGAGGCCCCACCAAUGCCCUGGGACACAGAUGCCAGCAUCGUAAGCACCUGUGGGCGGCCAAACUGCCCCAGCGGGGCCUCCGGUCCCCCUGCCUCUCAUGCUAAAUGCCCUGGCCAAGGCCCCCGGCAGAGCCUGGGGUCUGAGUGGCCCACCCCCCGUCGCCUCACUCCUCCUGGGCUGACUCAGAAGCUGAAGCAUCACGAGGCCACCACCAUACUCCAGCAGCUGCCGCUGCUCAGCGCCAUGCAGGAGGAGUCCUCGCGGGGCCUGCUGAGCGGCCUCAUGGACACCGUCAUGAAGCAUGUCGUCUGGCUGAAGGUGACUUCCGCUGCCAUCACCCAGCUGCAGAUCCAGCCCUCAGACCAGGACCAGGAGCUAGUAAUCAAGAUCCCCCUGGACAUGGUAGCCGGAUUCAACACGCCCCUGGUCAAGACCAUUGUGGACAUGCACAUACAGUCUGAGGUGGAAGCCCGCAUCAGAGUGGACAGCGAGCAGGUGGGCCCCUCGGCCCUCGUCCUCAGCGACUGCUUCAACAGACAGGGCAGCCUGCACAUCAGCCUGCUCCACAAGAUCUCCUUCUGGGUCAGCCCCUUAGCGGAUAAAGUCACCAGCCUCCUGAUGCCAGCCCUGCCCAAACUGGUGAAGACCCAGCUGUGUCCUGUGAUCCAGGCAGCCUUCAAGGACAUGUUCCAAGACUUCCUGAAGCUGGUGAAGGUGCCCAUCCCCCUGAGCCCGGGAGGCCUGCUGUUUGACCUUCUGUCUUCCAACAUCAAGGGCAAUGUCAUCCAGCUCAACCUGCAGGUGAGCGUCAGGGAACCUCAGAGGGUUCUGGGACAGCUUCCUCCCAGCAGUGGGGUGCAGCCCACCGCCCUGGCUUCCUCUCGCCCACAGCUCCCUGACCUGGCCAAGGAGCUGAAGUCGAGCAUCAAGGAGAUCAGCGAACAGGCCGCAGAGAUGCUGGACCGCACCCAGCUGGUGAAGUUCCAGACUCGGAAGACCCCCCAGCUGCUGCUGAGCCAGGACGGCGCCCAGGCAGUCCAGCUGAUCGUGUUGGACCUGUUUCCCACCAAUAAAGCCCAACGGCCGCUCUUCACCCUGGGCAUCGAAGCGAAAUCAGAAGCUCAGUUUUACACCGAAGGUGACCAACUUGUGCUCAGCUUUAAUGACAUCAGCAUCGAGCGGAUGCAACUGAUGAACUCGGACAUUAAACUAUUCAACGUAAGUAUCCACAGUCGUCCCCACGGCCACAGGGGCUCCCACCAGAAUGGCCCGUUCUGCAAAGAGACAUUGCCCAGGACUAGCUUCAGAUGAGACCCCAACAGCUCGGUACCUGCGGGUCACCUACCCAAGCCCCCAGCUCUGUGGGCACUGGCUGGGCAUCUGCUGUGUCGGCCUCAAACCCUGCCGGACCCACCCCAGGA